CUUUAGUGCCUGGUUCAUUCUCGAACUCACUCGCGACCUUGCAUAUGCACUCCUGAUUCGCCGUCUCAAGACGCUUUCCAAGUAUGAGCCUCGCUGCACUCAAGACACGCCGACGCCAGGACUAUCCGUACCUCCUGGAGUACAGGACAAGAUGGAACGACAAUGACAUGUAUGAUCAUAUGAACAACUCAGUAUACAACUUCCUAUUCGACUCCGCCGUCAACAGUUAUCUUGUCGAAAGAUGUGGCAUUCACCCCCCUUCAUCGCCUCAGUAUGGCUUAGCAGUACAUUCCCACACAGACUUUCUGGCCUCCAUCGCCUAUCCUGCCGUGGCGGAGGUGGGCGUGCGUGUCACCAAGUUGGGCAAGUCGAGCGUCACCUACGAGGUAGCCCUGUUUGAAAGGGGCAGUGAUGAAGUCAAGGCUGUGGGAGGCUUCGUACAUGUCUUUGUGGAGAGGUCCACAGGAAGACCCCCGAAAGAUGGAAUGGAACCCCGGCUGAAGGAGGCAUUGGAUAAGAUUCAUCUGGGGCCUGUCACUCCUCCCAAGGAGGCGAGCAAGCUCUGACCUUUGCGAUUGGUUCUCUUCUCGUUCCCGCCUAUUUCACUUUUCUUUAUCUCUGGUCAGCGAUUGGAUAUUAUUGUCAGCGGCUCGCUUCGUAUAUGGAUUCACAUUGUGUAUAUUGGCAUUAGCGCUACCCGUCCAUCUUCCUAUAGAAGCUCAUACUUUUGCGUCGACCCGUUCUCAUCUCCGCUGGUAAACAUCUUCUCCACAAACUCCAAGUCGGCGAGAGCCUGUUCAGGCGUCUGCAAGGGGUUAACC